AUGAUGAAUCCGAACCAUUCCGGGGCAUCGCGGAGGCCGUACUCUCGCGGAGCCGUCCCCAGAAAUCGGUCCCGGAUGCCGUUUUCGCCGCAUCCGCACCACUCGAACCGGAACCACGGUGGCCACAACCAGCCGUGGUACAGCAACAAGGACAUGGAGAACAGCUUUAAUUACGGUGACAAUAACGGAAGUAGCCCCAAAGAGUCCUUCACCUACUCACCCAAGUCCCCACCGGUGCAGUUGCAUUCCCCUCCCCUAACGAGUCGUCCAGCAGCGGCCAUCCUAGUGCCUUACGGUGCUACUGAUGACGGUAGUAUUAAUAAUAGAUCUCAACAAAUUCUUAGAGCCGGCCCGAGCCACAUUGACCGGCACCGGAUCAAUAUGGGCAUGCAGGAGCGUAACCGGCACACGAUGAGCAGCUCCUCGAUCGAUCGCCAUUCGGGUCAUUUCGAGGGUCCGUCGAAUUCGUCGCGCGGUUCGGAGUUACACGUCGACACCCGGUCCAUGCUGUCGAUUGACUCGCUGCGUAACAGCCGCGACAACAAUCGGGACCGGAUCAGUCCGCACUAUCAUCCGGGCGGAAGCAACGGUGGUGGCCACGGGCCGAACGGGCAUAUGUCCUCCGGUGGAAGCAACGCUGCCGGCGGUAGUGGCGGCAGCGGAAUCGGUGGGGGCAGUGGAAGCAACCAAACGGCCUCGCCAUCGGCCUACUGCCCGGGAGACGGUGGUCCCAUGGGCAAUAAUGGUGGCAUGAAGUCGGACAGUCCGUCGCGCAAAAGACGCCGAGUUUCGUCACGGUUGCCGAGCCAAUCGCCACCCGCCAUCUGGGAACACCGUCGCUCACCGCGGAACGGUGGUGGUGGUGGCGGUGUUGCCGGCGGAAGUGGCAUGAUGAUGCACUUGGGUAGCGGCGCCAAUGGCAAUGGGGUCGGAUCGAACGUACAUCACGCAAUGAAUGGGCAUCACAAUCUUGCCAUGCAGCAGCCACAAACAGUGCAAAGCUCUCAGCAGCAACAGCAACAGCAGCAGCAGCAGCAACAGCAGCAGUUGCAGUUGCAACAACAGCAACAGCUGCUUCACCGCGAACAGCACCACCAUCAUCCGCCGCCCCAUCAUCAUCACCAUCAGCAGCAGCAGCAACAACAGCAGCAGCAGCAACAGCAACAACAACAUCACCAUCCGAUGCAUCCGAGUACCGCCGGAAGUGGUCUGGCGGCAGCGGUUAUGUCGCAGCUGCAGUCCCAUCUGCACCCGGGCCAGGGCAGUCCACCGAUACGGCGUCCGCGCUACCAUCGCGACCAGCACCCACAGCAGCAGCAACAGCAAGCUCCGCCGCCGCCAGUGCCACAGCAGCAGCAGCAGCGUCAGUGGGAGUCGUUGACGCAAGUUUUCCAGCAACCAUCGCCGGCGGCUCAGGCGCAGCACCCGCAUGCGGCCUCCUCGCUGAUGGUCGACAUCAACCAGGUGCCGGUCAGCUUGCCACUCGGACAUCACCACGAGCCACUGUGGACGUACUCGGCCGGACCGCACAUCUCCAUCUGCUCCGGUCAUCCGGCCGCACCGCAUCUGCCGCCGUGUCAGGUCCAUGGCGUCUAUUCGCAGCCCUUCGCCCAAACAUGCAGCAUCGGUGGCCACUUCGGUGGGUUCGCGUCCACAGCCGGCCCGGCAUUGGCCGUGCCACAUCCGCAGCCCCAUCAGGCGCACUAUCCGCACCCGCAUCCGCAUCUAGCCCAGCAGCGUACCGAUGGGCUGGCACUGGACGGGUUGGAGCAUGCCGGAGCGUCCCCGCUGCACAUGUCGCCGCUGACGACGCACGCACAUCUGCACUCAACACCCCAGAUGACGCAGCUGACCGCGGCGGCGCAACCGAUCUAUAUCUCCACCGAGGUAAGUGCCGUGGGCACCGAGGUGCCGGUACCGCGCACGGCUGGUGCGGCGGCUCCCGGAACACUGAUCCCACUGAUCGCGAACGUCCUGCAGGGUCGCAGCAGCCAAUUCGAGCUACUGCACCGAACGGCUCGCCGGGCGAUCAGUGCCCCGCGGCGCAACUUUGCCCGGUUCCACUGGCCGGCACCGCCUCCGCCGCCGCCGCCACCUCCGCCGCCAGCCCAUCAUCAUCACCAUCAUCACCAUCACCAUCCGGCGACCCAUCGGUCGCCACCGGCCCUGCAACAUCAGACGCUCGGCCCACAGCCGGCCCAUGUUACUCUGUCCGCGACCACGUCCGCCUACUCGGGCAUCUUACUCAACUUCCUACCCGUGCGGUGCCCUUUCAGAGCAAUGUUCCCGCUGUCCACCUACGGUCCACCGGAUCUGAAUUCGCCCGACUCGAACGAAACGGAGAACUACGAAGCACUCCUCAGCCUGGCCGAACGGCUCGGCGAGGCGAAGCCGCGCGGUCUUGCCCGGCCCGAGAUUGAUCAGCUGCCGAGCUACAAGUUCAAUGCAGAAACUCACACCGGCGAUCAAACAUCGUGCGUGGUGUGCAUGUGCGACUUCGAAGCACGGCAAAUCUUGCGUGUGCUGCCGUGUUCGCACGAAUUCCACGCCAAGUGCGUCGAUAAAUGGCUGCGGUCCAAUCGUACGUGUCCAAUUUGCCGAGGCAAUGCUUCCGAAUACUUUGAAAGCAGCGAGGAGCAGUAAAAAGCUUAAACUCCAC